UUCAGACGCUGGUGAUUCCUACGAAGAUUACGAACCUUACGCCGAAGAUUCUACGGCCCUUUAUUCGGAUGAUUCGACAGCCAUGACGAGCAGCGGGAGCUAUGGCAGAGGGGUUUACAACCCGCGGGUCGAAUGCCAGCUGUACUCACCCUCCAUGAUGUUACGACGGGCACCUUGUCACCCUUCCGAACAGUCUCUUGUUUAUGUGUACGAAACAGGAUCCAGGAGAAGGAAGAUGGCUCUACCUAAGGGAAACCUCGGAACGCGGAGCGCCCCAGUGCCCUCUGCGACUCUUUUUCGGAGACACAGCACCAACAGCCAUUACCUGAGCAACGACCAGAGAUCACGAAGAGUGAUGCAUGGGCAACUGAGUACUGACUGUUACCCCAGCGAGAUGAUUGAUAUAGAUCCGCCUUACAUGACGACAUCUUAUGAUGAUUUGCACCAUCCUUACUACGACAUAUACUGCUCCAAGCCUGUACCAGUCACACCUCAUCACUUUGGGCUCAGCAAGUAUGGUCAUCUCAAGAUAGAUUAUUCCCUCAGUUGGAAUUCUCUUGACAGAUACAUCGCCACAGACUGAUUACAGAGACUGUAAUUGAGUCCCAUUUAACACAUUUAAGGGUAGGUUAACAAGAUAAUAUUUUGGUGUCACAUCCAUUCCAAGAAAUGGGACUCUUAAGAUGAAGUACAUCUUUUCAAAUCCUACCUCAUGUAAGCUUCAAUAAUACCUUAAAGAACAUGAAUGCUUGUCACACUGACAAACUGUUAUACUUAUUAGAUCUGAGGUUCUCACAGCAUAGACUAUGAAGAUGAUUAUCUGUUAGGAUUUGACACUGUGUAAUCUGGAAAAGUUCAACAAUGUUUCAGAGGACUGUACUGCCCCUACCUUCAGAGCUUAAUAUAUGUUCAUUGCUUGCUAAGCAUAUUUUGGACCUUGAAGAUGGAGGUAGUGUAUUGUUUAAAAUAUUUCUGAACUACAUGGCAUCACAUCCCAAUGGUGGUACUCUUCAAACACUUACCUUGUUCUCUGAGUUCCUUUACAGGUAAUUUAAAUUGAAACAGCAUCAGGAAUGUAAAUAGGUAUCCUUAAAUUUUUGUAUAUUCCUGUACCUUUCCUGAUGAUUUUUCAAUAAAGUUGAAGGUUUCAUUAACCUCAUCACUGCCAAACAUAGUAUCCUUGAAGUGUAAGUAGGGUGUUGGUGAUGCCAAACGCCCCCAGUAUAUUCUUUAAUAACCUGCUUAACUCUGUUCUUCAUUCCAGCAUCAAGCUAACACCACAAGCUUUAGGAACGUUCAAUUGUUGUGUAAGAAUCAAAGAUCUUAAAUUGUAGAGCUUGACAUUUCAUGUGUAUUUUUAAUAUAAUAAGUAAGUUUAAAUA